CAACCGAGCUUAACCUUCAAUGAACGAGGACCAGAUACUCAGUUUUGGAAGAGCUGAACUCGAUUGUUCCACGCGUGAUCGAUCUUAACAACUCUUUGACGAUGUUUGUUGCUCUCUCCAUAACUCUUUCUGACUCGCGCUAUUAACAAGGAGAAGACAACGAUCGGCCAAGAAAGGAAAAAAGAAGCUGAACAGGACUCGACCAGUGAUACAUGUGCCAAUACCGCGGUUUACUUUCUACCUAAAACUUGUUUCGCUUGCAAGUUUGAAAUUCGACUGAGUGAAGAUGAUCGCAAUUAAUUCAAAAAUAGUUUGCUUAUGUUUCCUACUUAGUCUAGGACAGUCUAUAAACGGAUUCGAUUUGAGCAAUAUUAUAGAUGCAAGAGACACGUUAAGAUUCGGAGGCGAAGUAUUGAUGGACAUUCUUGAAUCAUGGGAAUUAAUACGUCCCAGAAAUCCUGGAGAUGAGGACCUCAGUUACCCGUUCGUUCGUAGAAUGGAGAAAGAAAUAGCGAGACAGAUAUCGGAAGUAUCAGAAAAAAUCGACAAUUACCAAGACAAAAUGGAAAUACGCAUCGACACGAUUAUGGCUAAACUUCUAACGGAUUUACCCUUGGAAGAAAGGCUGGAUCAUAAAUUACGUACGGUCGAUCAAUAUCUGGGCCAAAUCAACGAUUUGUAUAAGAAUUUUUUGACCUACGUCGAGUCACAAAGGAAAUACGAGAGAUACACGUUGGAAGAUUUCGCGAGGACGUGUGUCUCUUCCAGAUCAGGCGCUCUUCCAGAUCUUUUGAAGAGUAUACAUCGAAUCGUUGUUCCUUGGUCCGAAGAAUCCUUCACCACAAGUAUUCUUGUGCUAUUGUCGAAACAGAUGAGAGAUUCAUCCUCGUUAAUUUGCAACGAACAACAGUCGUUGCAACAAUUACUCUACAAUCUAUAUAACACGGUCACUCUCACGGAAAUUAAAGGGUACAGCAUGAUACAAUUCUCUUACAUGUUGCUACGAGUCUAUAAUCCAGGGUCUAACUUCACGGACGAGAUGGAUCUAGUAACGCAACAAUACGCGACGAGAACAUCCGAAACCGUAAGAGCUGUGAAAACUGCUAUGGCCUUUGCUCCUAGAGAUCUUUGGAAAUGCGACGCGAGAAAACAAGAAUUAGAUGAAACGUACACAAAGUUCAUUGAUCUGUUUCAAGGAUACAUAGUAAACGAAGUAGAUCUGAAUCGUGAAUCAUCUUGCCGUCAAAAUUGUGCUUAUUAUUCGUACGCGAAAGUGCAAGGAUGUUAUAAAGAUCAAUACUGUGCUAAACAACGACAAUGUAAUGGUAAAAUAUUAGAAUGCGAAUACGUCGACUCCGACAUGUGGGUUUGUUCCUCGGACAGAAACUAUGACCGAAGAUAUGAACGUGUACAAUACGAAAACGGUAUCGUAUACGGACAGAAGGGCUACUGCAAGAAUGGAUACACUAAAGUCGAAAGCUGGUGGCGUUGGUUGUUCUGGCACUGCAGUUAUUGUUUCUGUUAUUGCGACGAUCAUACCGCGAAGUCUGAUCGAUAUGUCAGUUUGCAAAGUGUCCAUUCCGAUGUGGCGAAUAAUAAGGUUAUAACAGGCAUUGCAUUCAAGAAAGUGAAUCAAGUAAUACAUAUAGAAAUACAAGAAGGUGAACUACUGCCACGUGGAAACAUCAAUAAAACAACUGUCAGCUGGAAACCGAUUGAGGCCUUCAACAUAUUAGAUAAGAAUGUAAAGAAUGGCAUUGAUUACCACACUUUAGCUUGGGAAGAAAGAGGUUUAGAUCUAGACGACUUGGUACCAGCUCAGGAUCAUCUUCUAACAGGUGUCAGAUUUCGAAAGCUCGGAAGCCACUUGAAUUUAGAGAUAAAGGUGUCACCAUUUGAUUUCAUAACUGGAAAACUAAACAAACCAUUAGAAAAGAGUUUCUGGAUAGCUAACGACGCUACUGACAGAGAUGAACUGAAAUUAGCAAAAGCCGAUAUACCGACUCGUCUUUCUGUACCAACAGUGCCAGAUUCAAAACCAAAUCAGUAUUUGAAUUUUGCGCCAAGUAGUCGUACCGAGGAUGUUGCACAAAACACGAUACCAUUCAUCGAUGUUCAACGGGUGGAAUCAAAUCCGCCGGUGCCAAUCGCGGGUGCCGGAAUAUUUCAUAAAGGCAGAAGCAUGUCUGGAGGAUACGUGGCGUUAAAACUGAUCACAUAUGAUUUUAGCCCGCAUUUGCAAGUUGAUUUGGGAACUGAACAACCGGUUAUUGGUACACCAUUCUUAGUGAAUUAAAACCAUUAUAAAUUUAGUAACAUAAGCGUAAUAUUGAUAUUGCGAAUAUUGAUGUUAUUUUUAUAUAUUAUUUCCAUUUUCAUACCUUUUUCAUUGAUUUAUGUUUGACAAUGUUAUUCGUGUUCCGUUUCCACAGACAUUUAUAACAUUUGCGAAAUUUGUAACAAUUUUUCUUUUAAAUAGUUUUUACCAAAUAUUUCUGGUUUCUUUCAUUUUUGUGCCAUCUUAGCAUAUAUAUGAUAUUUGAAACUUCAUUUAGUUGAAAUUAAAAUAUACUAUUAACUUCGACACGUAUCUUCUAUUUGUUUGUCAAAAUCACGAAUAACUACGGUUUGCUAGGUUAUAAAUAUCCAGUUACUUCAUAAAAUUUUUAAAUAUUCAUGCAAGUAGAAAUUUAUAUCAUUAAUCUGUAUUAGUUGAUUAUUUUAUAAACUGACUUCUCAAAGUCCUGUGAUUUAUAAUUAACCAAAUAUAAACAAGAACACAUUAAACGCA